AUGACCGACAACCUCCCCAGCAUGACAGACGCAGACAGCUGCCUCUCCGACAGCCAGCUUGAGGUUUUGAGGAAGCAAUAUAUUCGCGAGGGCGAGUAUGUCACAGAGCAGACCCGCUUCAACUACGCAUGGGGUCUCAUCAAGAGCAAGAACAGACGGGAACAGACCCAGGGUGUCCUCCUCCUUACUGAUAUCUAUCGGGAAGUCCCAGACAGGAGACGUGAGUGCUUGUUCUACCUGGCACUUGGACACUUCAAGCUCGGUAACUACAACGACGCCCGCAAGUUCAACGAGUCCCUUCUCGAGUUUGAGCCCAACAACCACCAAGCACACGCCCUUCGUCAGGAGAUCGAGGAUCGCGUUGCCAAGGAGGGAUACAUCGGUAUGGCUAUUGUCGGAACUGUCGCAGCAGUGGGAACCAUCAUCUUGACUUCGCUUUUGAAGAGAAAGUAA